CCGCACCCCCUCUCCACGUGCGGCGCCCGGGGCGCGCGGCCGAGCAGCGGAGGAUGCUGGGCAUGUACGUGCCAGACAGGUUCGCCCUGAAGCCGUCCCGCGUCCAGGACGGGAUGGGGCUCUACACCGCCCGCCGCGUGCGCAAGGGUGAAAAAUUUGGCCCCUUUGCUGGAGAGAAGCGAAUGCCUGAAGACUUGGAUGAAAACAUGGACUACCGGUUGAUGUGGGAGGUCCGUGGGAGCAAGGGAGAAGUUCUGUAUAUUUUGGAUGCUACCAACCCGAGACACUCCAACUGGCUUCGCUUUGUUCACGAGGCACCGUCUCAGGAGCAGAAGAACCUGGCUGCCAUUCAAGAAGGAGAAAAUAUUUUCUACUUGGCAGUUGAUGAUAUAGAAACAGAUACAGAGCUUCUGAUUGGGUACCUGGACAGUGAUGUGGAGGAGGAAGAGGAGGAGCGACCAGCUCUGACCGUGACCAAAGAAGGCAAAGUUGACCACUCUAAAGGACAGUCAGCAGCUGGAAGCAAAGGUCCCCUUGGCUGUGAAGAGGACUUUGCCUGUCCACAGUGUGAAUCAAGCUUUCCCAGCGGAGAAAUCCUUACUGGGCACCUGCAGUCCUUGCACCAGAAGCCCACCGGGGAGAAAGAGUUCAAGUGUGGGGGCUGCCGGAAGACGUUCCCCGUGAAGCAGGCAUUGCAGAGACAUUUUGAGCAGCACCAGAAGGCUUGUCGAGGGGAUGCCAGGUUUGUGUGCAAAGCCGACAGCUGUGGGAAGAGGCUGAAAAGCAAGGAUGCUCUGAAAAGGCACCAGGAAAAUGUCCAUACUGGUGAUCCUAAAAGAAAGCUCAUGUGCUCAGUAUGCAAUAGAAGGUGCACCUCAGUGUCAAGCCUGCAGGAGCACAGGAAGAUUCAUGAGAUAUUUGAUUGUCAAGAAUGUAUGAAAAAGUUUAUUUCUGCUAAUCAGCUGAAACGUCACAUGAUCACCCACUCAGAAAAGCGACCUUAUAACUGUGAGAUCUGUAACAAGUCAUUCAAGAGACUCGAUCAAGUGGGCGCCCACAAAGUGAUCCACAGUGAAGAUAAGCCCUAUCACUGCAAGCUCUGUGGAAAGGGGUUUGCUCACAGAAAUGUUUAUAAGAACCACAAGAAGACCCACUCCGAGGAGCGGCCAUUCCAGUGUGAUGAAUGCAAAGCCUUGUUCCGCACCCCCUUUUCUCUGCAAAGACACCUGCUAAUCCACAACAGUGAGAGGACUUUCAAGUGCCAUCACUGCGACGCUACGUUUAAGAGGAAGGACACCUUAAAUGUUCAUGUGCAGGUGGUCCAUGAAAGACACAAGAAGUACCGAUGUGAGCUGUGCAAUAAGGCCUUUGUUACACCUUCUGUGCUCAGGAGUCACAAGAAGACACACACAGGAGAAAAGGAGAAAGUCUGCCCAUAUUGUGGCCAGAAAUUCGCCAGCAGUGGGACCCUGAGAGUUCACAUCCGGAGCCACACAGGUGAGCGUCCCUAUCAAUGCCCUUACUGUGAAAAAGGAUUCAGUAAAAAUGACGGACUGAAGAUGCACAUUCGUACGCACACCAGGGAGAAGCCAUACCAGUGCUCAGAGUGCAGCAAGGCCUUCAGCCAGAAGCGAGGCCUGGAUGAGCACAGAAGGACGCACACAGGAGAAAAGCCUUUUCAGUGUGAUGUUUGUGACUUGGCUUUUAGCCUGAAGAAAAUGCUCAUCCGACACAAGAUGACUCACAAUCCCAACCGCCCGAUGGCAGAGUGCCAUUUUUGCCAUAAGAAGUUUACAAGGAAUGACUACCUCAAGGUGCAUAUGGACAAUAUCCACGGGGUAGCUGACAGCUAGUAGUGGCUGUCAAGGAGCCCAACCCUAUGAAUCCCAGGUUCUCCUCCCGUGAUCAGCUUAACAGAAAUAACCAAAAGCAAUGCAUUGAUCUCACAGUACUUAUUUGCCUGAAUUAUAGAUGUUUUUUUUUAAAUCUUAUCAAAAAGAAAUGCAAAUGGAAAAAUAAUACUUUGUAGCUUAUAAGAUGCCUUAGGUUGUGUCUGUAUUAUGGCUGAUUAAAAACAAAA